GGCCGCGGCGGGGCUCGGCCAGGCGUUCCGCCUCCCGCGGCGCGCUGCAUGGAGCACAGCGGCAGCCCGCUGGACCCCGGCUUUUCGCAGCAGGGCACUCCCCGCCUCAUCGUAGAGGACUCCCAGCCAGGGGGCGGCGGCGCGGCGGAGGACGCGGAGCAGGCCUGCCUCGGCGUGCUGGCCCGCCGGCUGCCGGCCCGGCGCAGCCCGAGCCCCGUGCUGGAGAUCGUCAGCGGUCCUGCCGGCGCCCGGGCACUCGCGGCGUGCCGGGGGGGCCGCGGCCGCGAUAGGGGCGCUGUGUGUGCCGAGCCGAUGGAGAGCCCUGCCCGCCCGGACGCCGCCAGCCCGCAGGGCUGCGACGCUGAGGAGGUGCCACCGCCCCACGGGGAAAGCAGUGCCUUUGGAAAGGCCGGUGAAGGUGAUGCUGAGGACUGUACUGCUUCGCCGUGUGUAGAAGAUGCAGGCACAUCACAGCUGCAUUUUGGAGCUCUAGAGCUUUCACAGAGCCAGGACUUUGAGAGUGACUUUGUGCCCAGUGAAGGAGACGCUAGGCAUUGUUUUCACCCUGGAGCUGCUGAUCCUUCUUCCAGACUUGUGAAGAACGAUAUUCAAGAUGAACCGUGUGUGGACAGCACAGAAACUGCCUCCAGCAUGGAAACUACCUCCAGCACAGAAGCACAUACUGCUUUGGAAGGCCAGCCAGAGAGGUCUGACAGAACUCUUGGGGAAGCAGAAGAGCACAUGGAGAAACAAAUGGCUGCCUGUGACGGCAGUAGAAUGGACAAAUCCCUCGGUUCUGGGCAUCAGGAGUCAGAUAUCUUGUCAAGUCAGGAGGAGAUGUUUCCUGAGAAUACUGCAACAGGGAGUGACUGUCCAAUGAUGAGGGUGGAAGAAGGAAAUUCUCUGGCGUGUACCCCUGCCCGCAGUCUGCAACUCCUGCAGCUCUCUGGACAGGGAUCCCUUGCUCAGGAGGGUCCUUCCACUGUCUCUUCAGACCUAGUUGUUCCUCCUCCUGUUGCCUUUGGAUCCAAUGUUCUUGUCCCCAGCAGUCCUACUGAACAGGAGCAAGCAAAAGAUGAACAGAUGGAUGUAUCUGUCCCUGCAGAAGGAAGAGAGCUGGUGCAGAAGCAGAGAGGAGAUGUGCUGGUGGAGAUGACCAUCCCAUGUAUCCCACCAGGACCCCUUGUCCCGCCACAGGCUUCAACACCAGUGUCUCAGAGUGCCCCAACCUUUUUCCCUGGAUCGUUACCUAUACCAUCACAACCAGAAUUCUCUCACGAUAUCUUCAUUCCAACUCCGAGCCCAGAGAAGAAGUAUGAAAGAGAAGAAAAAGCUGCUACUUUAACCCAUGUAUGCUUACCAGGAGAUCUCUCUGGACCCACAGAUGUUCUCUCAAAGAUGUCUGCAGAUGAUUCUGUGCCACAGCCUUCUGAGUCUUGUAAGCUGAUGCUUUCUGCAAGUGAAUGUAGCCAGCCCACGAAUACGGAGGUCAGUUCAGGCUCUCUGAACUCAGGCCAAGGUAGCGAAACUGCACAGGUAGAGAUGGUUUCUGAAUGCAAGGACUCAGACUUGAGAGUCUGUUCCGUGGAGAAUGACAACAUAAAACAAAGGCUGGAUGCAGGUGAUCAAGCCCUCUCUGAAAAUUGUGAAGAAGAAAAAAAGGAUUUAGAGAGUGUAGGAAAGCCUGUAACACAGUUAGUUAGUGCAGGUGUCGCAGGAGAUGGGUCAUUAACCCCUCCAGCUAGUCAAAAGAUUGAGCGUGUUUCUGCAAGUCAGGCUUCUGCAGGUCAGCCUGGUCUGCCUGAGAUUUUGUCAUCCACUCAGGGUAGAAAAGCACAGUCUCAGAAUUAUCCAUUGGAAGAGAUGUCUGAACCUGAGGCAGUUCCUGAGACUCAAUGUGAAGAACAAGAAGGAAAACUGCAAGUAAAAGAGGAGCAAAUAAAUAAAGAAGAGUCCCUUGUUGAUCAGGCACUUUCGCAAAGGCUUAUUCUUGAAAAGGAAGUAGAGUGUCAUGAAGAUAUGGAAGUGGAAUUUGCUGAUGAUUCUUGUAAAAAUAGCAACAAUUUGUCUGAUCAGACACAAGAAUUAGAAACUAUUAGACCAGAAAGCCAGGGAAAGGAAACUUCCAAAGGUUCUGCUUUUGGCGCUGGAGAGGCAAAGGACGUGGAUAAACUGUCCUUUCAGGCUGCUUCGGAAAACAUGCCAAAUUUCAGUAAAGUUUCAUCUAAGCCAGCAACUCUAGGUGAGAUAAUGGAACAGCACAACAAUUUGUUUCCUAAGUCAAAGAGUGAUAUUCCAUCGGAAGCAGCAAUGAGUGCCAAAACACUUCCAGAUUGUGCAGAAUUAGGACAGAGAAUGAUAAUAGGGACUGAGCCACCACUGCAAGAGAGAGGGGUUGACGUGCUGGUGACUCAGCAGGAGAAUCAGGUGCCAAAGACUACGGAGGAUAGUGUUAUGACAAGGAAUCUGGAACAAGCAGAGCAGAUGCAGCCACAGGAGAAGGCAACUGCUAAAUCGCCCAGUCCUUCCAGUGGAACCCCGUUUCAUUUUACUUUGCCAAAGGAAGGUGACGUCAUCCAGCCCGUGACCAGCGUCACACCACCUCUUAUUGGCCAGCUCAAAAUGGGGCCCAGGAGACACAGCACACCCAUUGUGGCUGGUAGUUGCCCAGACAGCACCUUAGCAACUAGUGAUGUUACAGCAGAGAGCACAAUGGGGACCAACAACGUUACCGUGGAAAGUGCCGUAGUAUCAGCAGAUGUGUCAGAAGAGUGCGAGAAGGGAGAUUCCCACGUGGUUCCGGAGGCUGAUGCAAAACUGUCUCUGCGAAUGAACCUUGUGACCCCUGUGACUGAUGGGAGUGAGGAAUCCCUGCCAUUCAGCUUGGAAAAGCCUACAGCCAGUGACAGGAAAGAUGGAUCCUCUGCUACUGACGGGGCUACUGCCAGCUCCCAGAAACCAUCAUCUGUGUUUAGUCGUGUCUGUGAAGUUCGUCGAGAGGAUGAAGCCAGAGGUCAUGGUCUUUCCACUUCUCCAUUUAGGGGGAGUUUCUUCAGUUUUCCUGGUACACAAGAAGAUGCUGAGUUACAUAAAAAUCCAAGUGGCUGGCAGUGCCAGCAAAACAAGGCAGAUGACAGUGGUGGACAGAUCCUAAGUCAGAGGAUGCAGCAGGACUGCCGUCAACAACCUUCUGGAGCAGAGGAUGGGGCCUCUGUGGAGUCUGAUAUUGUAAACACUCAGACAGAAGAAGAGAGAAGAAUGCAGAAGAAAGCAAGUAACGCUGUUAAAAGUGAUGAAAACCAAGAGAGGUGGGCAAACACCAAGAAUAAAGGGAUUCAAACUACAGCAGACAGUCUUUUUACCCCAACUACUGUUACAAUAGCAACACAAACAGAAGAAAUCUGUAGACAGGUGGAAGUGGGAACCAGCAUGUCUGGGCUGAGACCUGGGCGACAAGAUGCGAGUAUUCAAACUGAGGAGAGUGGUGAAAAGCUGGUGAAUGCCUCAGGAGAGGACACGGACUCUCUGCACAGCCAGGAAGAGGAGGAGUUCAACCUUCGUCACCCACCCAAAGGCAGAGUUCAGCGCCGGCACCUGCGGACCAUUCGGGAAGUGCGCACGGUCGUGACGCGCGUGAUCACAGAUGUCUACUACCUAAGCGGCGCAGAGGUGGAACGGAAGGUAGUUGAGGAAACCGAGGAGCCUGUAGUAGAGUGCCAGGAGUGUGAGACUGACACAUCUUCCUCUAGAACAGCAGUGGGCUCCUCGCUGACCUCAGGGGACCUUGGUGAUGUCAGCUCCUUGUCAUCUAAGGCCUCAAGUCUCCACCGUACAUCCAGUGGAGCAAGCAGUGGUCACUCUGCCACACACAGCAGCGGCAGCAGCUCGGGGCGAGGAGCUGGUGGAGCUGUGAAAGGGAAAGCAUAUGUGACAGAAACUGGAGAGUUUGCUUUACCUGUUGGCAGAGUCAUCUCAGGAAAAUCGAGCCCUAGGAAAGGAGCUGGUCCGCCUGCAUCUCCACACAGAGUUAGCCAGACCGGAGCACUGCCUUGUGAGGAGGAGGAGGACUCUCUGCCUGGCACUCGUCAGGGUGUCAGAGCACCUGGGACGCCUCGGGGGCGAGGAAGAAGAGGCCGCCCACCAUCUCGAACGACAGGAACAAGAGAUGUAUCUGGACUACCAGGUGUGGAGGAUCUCUCAACUACAGCAUCAACUGAGGAGAAAUCAUUUACUCGUUCAGUUCGGCUGCCAGACGGAGGGGAGCAAUCUGAUGCUUCUGGCUUCUGUGCCUUACGUCGAAGUGACUCUCCAGAAAUCCCAUUACAAGGGGCAACUGGUCCUUCAGACUGUACAGACUCGUCCUCUGGGAGCAGCUUUGUGGGCCUCAGGGUUGUAGCAAAAUGGUCCUCAAAUGGGUACUUCUAUUCUGGGAUGAUUACACAAAAUGUUGGGGCAGGAAAGUACAAGCUGCUUUUUGAUGAUGGAUAUGAAUGUGAUGUGCUAGGAAAAGACAUUUUACUCUGUGAUCCCAUCCCACUGGAGACCGAGGUGACUGCGCUCUCAGAGGACGAGUACUUCAGUGCAGGUGUGGUGAAGGGACACCGCAAGGAGUCUGGAGAGCUGUACUAUUGCAUUGAAAAGGAAGGACAGAGGAAGUGGUACAAACGAAUGGCUGUUAUCCUGUCUCUGGAGCAAGGAAACAAGCUCCGGGAGCAGUUUGGCCUCGGUCCUUAUGAACCUGUCACCCCCCUGACCAAAGCAGCUGACAUCAGUCUCGAUAACCUUGUGGAGGGGAAGCGGAAGCGACGUGGUAACCUUGGUUCUUCCAGCACUUCCAGCAGCAGCACAACUCCUACUCGUAAAGGGCAGGAGAGCCCACGCAUCCCAGCAGGCACACUGUCUGGGAAGAGGAAGCUCGUUGCUUCUGAAGAUGAGAGAUCCCCAGCUAAACGCAGCCGCAAAUCAUCGAUGGCAAAGCCUGGGGCUGGGAGAGCCGGAGAGUUUGUAAACACCUGUGAAGGUGCAGAUGCUGUAGAUCCUCCAGUACAGGAGGAUCAUCAAGGACCCUUGCCCCUCAAUAAGACCCUCUUUUUGGGCUAUGCCUUUCUCCUCACCAUGGCAUCACCAAGUGACAAAUUGAUCAAUCACCAGAAGCCAUCAGAUGGUCCUGCAGGGAGUAGUGAGGAGGAAGAAGAUUUUUUAGAGAUUACCCCAUAUGACAAGCAUUACAUAGCUCAGCAGCUGCGAGCAGGAGCUGGCUAUAUCCUGGAAGACUUCAAUGAAACUCAGUGUAGUGCAGCCUAUCAAUGUCUCCUUAUUGCGGAUCAGCACUGUCAGACUCGGAAGUACUUGCUGUGCCUUGCCAGAGGGAUCCCUUGUGUGUCCCAUAUCUGGGUCCAUGAUAGCUGUCAUGCUAACCAGCUUCAGAAUUACCGGAAUUACCUUUUGCCAGCUGGUUAUAGCCUCCAGGAGCAAAGAUUGUUAGAAUGGCACCCACGAGUGAAUCCAUUCCAUAACCUGAAGAUUCUCCUGGUGUCGUCUGAGCAGCAGAACUUCUUGCAUCUGUGGUCUGAAAUUCUCAUGACAGGGGGAGCAGCAUCUGUUAAACAGCAUUACUCAAAUGCUGACAACAAAGAUAUUGCUUUGGGUGUUUAUGACGUGGUGGUGACUGAUUUUUCCUGCCCAGCUGGUGUCUUGAAGUGUGCAGAAGCUUUACGGCUGCCUGUUGUCUCUCAAGAGUGGGUGAUCCAGAGCCUUAUUGCUGGGGAGAGAGUAGGCUACAACAAGCAUCCAAAAUACAAACAUGACUACAUCCCUCACUAGACUGAAACUUGGCCCUGCUGUCCCACUGUUGUGCAGACUGUGUUUUAAUCAGGUUUUAAAUGUUUGUGUAACUGGACAGUGUGCAUGGAUUACUGUAUAUAGUUUUAUCUCCUGGACUUUUAUGAUGAAAUAAAUAUUCAAUCU